GAUGCUCUGUUCAUACAGCUAGAAAACAGACUGGAAAAUAUUAGAAGGCCAUUUACCUUCAGCUCAACUAAGAAGGCAGCAGAGGGUGAAGACGCAGAAAGGAAAAAGUCUACCCUCUCUGAUCGUUAUGGGUGUGUGGAGUGGCAGCCUGCUGUUGAGGAUGUAGCAGAACUAGAGUCUAAACAAGAUGACUUGAAAAGUGCCUUCAAAACCCAUCAUCUUCAGGAGUUGUGUGUUCGCAAAUUGAUGACUGAAACAUAUUCCAUCCAGCGUGCAACAAUAAACAAAGGAAGCACUGUAAAAACAGUACAGGAAGAGUGGCCCUUCCUUUUUGAAGCUGUUCACCUGUUUGACCACACAUGUACCCUCAUUGGCUUACGAGUGCAAACAAAGCUGGCAGAGGAAAUGUCCAUGAAGGGAAAGAGCAUCAAAGACUACCUAGACUCAAAUGGGAUGAAGAUGCCACCAGGUGAAGAUCCAGUACAACUGAUCUCAGGCAUUGCAAAGUUCUUCAAAGAAAAGCCCGAUCUCCUUUUCUACCAAAGUGAGGAGUCAAAUGCUGCUGGACUGAGCAUCCCAAGCACACCUUGCAUCCUUAUCAUGGGUGAUCAACGAUUCAAGAUCGCUGUCGAUCAGGAAGUGGUCAAUGACCAUAUCAACUCCGUCAUUGUGGCCCUGAGCUACGCUUUCUCAUUGUUUUAUGUAUUAAACAUAAAAUACCCAAAGGAGAUGUCAAUCACCCUGGAAUUCAUACAAAGAGUUUUCCUGGGAAUAAAUCCUGAGCGAGGGUCAAAGGCCGAGAAGAAGGGGACCAAACACCAGCACAUUCCUCCAAGACUGCUGAAGUUCCUGUUUGAACUAAACAACUUUGAGAAUCCAUGGAUGGCAAAUUGAGCUGUUUUGCCAUGUAUUUGGAAAUGUUGCUUCGCACAUAGUUUUGGUGAAUUUUCGUUCGAUGCAUUGUUUGUCUGUUAUGUGUUUAAAGCUAUACAAAUUCUCAGAUCUCAUGAUGAUCUAGGC